AAAGAAAACUAAAUAUCAGGAAACCCGAGAGAUUCUCUCUCUCUGUUUAGGGUUUUUCGGUAUAUUCUCUUUCUCUCUUAUCCGUUUCCGUUCCUUCAAAAAUGGCUUCUCUCUCCCUCUUCUCUUUCUCUCCCACGCUUCACUCUGACUUUCCCUCUUCUUCGGAUUUCUAUUUCUCGUCCCAAUUCCUACUCACUUCUUCCACUUCAGCCUCUAGUUUUCGUGCUGUCCCGAUUGGUAGUCGGAGUAGGAGGAGGAAUGUGCGUCGGUUUGUGGUCCGGUCUACUCACUCCAAUGCUACCAUUCUUAAGCCGAAAUGGAGGUCGAGAUUCGGUCAGACUUUGUCCCCUUAUGAUACCGAUGAAGAUGGGGAUGAUGUGGAGGAGUUCAGCAGUGAUGGGGAUGAUGAUGAUGAUGCUUGGCUGGAUAACGGUGAUUUCUCGGAUGUUGAAUAUGAUGCCAAAAGAAAGAGAGCCAAGUCACAAAGCAAAACCAGAAAUAACAACUCACAGCGAGGUAACUUGAGACAUCCCAGUGAAGGCAGGGGUAUAAAAUUCUCAAAUGAUGGAAAGAGUUUUAAAGUUAAGAGUAACCACCUUGAUUUUCAAGAUAUCACAAAUGAUACUGUAAAACAAGACUUCAAUGUUGAUAAGGAAGUUCGUUCUACCCACACAGGCAGGAAAGGAAAGAUGAUGACCAAGAAGUCCAUGGAAAUUAGAUUUCCUCGUCUGGCAGAAGAAAUAGAAUUGGACGAGAAAUGGUUCCCUCUUCUUGAUUAUCUUACAACAUUUGGGCUCAAGGAAUCACAUUUUCUCCAAAUGUAUGAGAGACACAUGCCUUCUCUUCAAAUAAAUGUUUAUUCUGCUCAAGAAAGACUAGAAUACUUGUUAAGUGUUGGUGUCAAACAGAGGGAUGUUCGAAGAAUACUCUUGAGACAGCCCCAAAUUCUGGAGUACACUGUAGAGAACAAUUUGAAAUCCCAUGUUGCUUUCUUACUUAGUUUGGGAAUUCCAAAUUCCCGAGUGGGGCAGAUCAUUGCUGCUGCUCCAUCUCUAUUUUCUUAUAGUGUUGAGAAUUCAUUAAAACCCACAGUCCGAUACUUGGUCGAGGAAGUUGGCAUCCAGGAAAAGGAUCUGGGUAAAGUUGUGCAACUGAGUCCUCAAAUCCUGGUUCAACGGAUUGAUAUUUCAUGGAACACCAGAUAUAUGUUUCUUUCAAAGGAAAUUGGAGCUCCUCGAGACAAUGUAGUGAAGAUGGUAACUAAACAUCCUCAACUCCUCCAUUAUAGCAUCAACGAUGGGUUACUACCCAGGAUCAAUUUCCUUAGAAGUAUUGGAAUGCGAAAUUCAGAGAUCUUGAAAGUCUCAACUAGCCUUACACAGGUCUUUUCUCUGUCUCUGGAGGAUAAUUUGAAGCCCAAAUACAUGUAUCUGAUCAAUGAACUCCGUAAUGAAGUGAAAUCACUUACCAAGUAUCCCAUGUAUCUAAGCUUGUCCUUGGAUCAGAGAAUUCGACCUCGACACCGGUUCCUAGUUUCUCUUAAGAAAGCACCCAAGGGUCCGUUCCCUUUAAGUUCCUUUGUUCCAACUGAUGAAUGCUUUUGUGAGCAGUGGGCUGAAACCAGCCUAGAUAAGUAUCUUGAAUUUAGGAAGAGAUUACUAUUGAAGGAGUUCGCGGAGAAAUAUGAAAGGAGACGAUAACAUAGUUGAUUAUCAUAUUACUCCGAAGUGAAAUGUCUUGAUUGCACCUCAGGGUUCUUCCAUCUACUCUGACUUGAAGUGAAAGUACGGCGUGAAUGUUCUGGUUGCGAUGCAGGUCGUUUAUGAACAUAGAUGCUGCCUAUUCUUUUGUUGUUCUGGUAGCCAUACUCAGCUUAUGAAGUACUCCAGUUUAGAGUUCAACGACGGCUGAAAUUCUUUGGCAAGACUAGAGGUGGAAUUCUUACCUGCCAUGUCUUUGCACUUGGUCAUUCAAAAGGAGCUGGUGAGCUAUUGGCACUCGCAUGCACUCACCGAAAGGUCUCGUUUGAAACUUAUAAGAGAACUCUUUGUAAAUCCUUUGAUUGGGGGAGAAGCAUUGUAUAAUGAGCAUACGUAUUCCAGGUGAUUUGGUCUUUCUGUGUCCUGUAAGUUGUAAUUGAAACCAAUUUUGGUCCUUAAAUAUUGUAAUUGACAAAAAUUUUGGCCUCUCACAAGGGGGAAUUCACUGUUUUUUCUUGGUUUGAAA